UACAGCUGAUUGUAAUACUCCAUCAGCAGCUCCUGCCCCGCUUCAUUCCUGCUGGGAGUGCGCAUGGCCUACGAAGAGAGGCAACAUGCAGAAAGUAAAUAUCAUGCAUGCAACGUUACACAAGGACAUGGACGACAGCAGCGACAUGUUCUUUGAUGCAUACGAGUAUUUUCCUGAGGACAUGGACGACAGUUGUGCUCAACCAUCGACCAGCACUGCUGUGUUAUCUGAGGGAAAACCCAACAGCCCAACAGAUACGUCUACACCGAACAACCCGUCAGGAACCUUUGACUCUCUUUAUGAAGUGGGAAAGAAACUGAAGUGGGGAUCCGAUGGCACUAUCCGUGAAGGAAUUCGAAGAUCAGACGGCACACCAGUGGUCAUCAAAUUUGUCAAGAAGCGCGAGUCUGAUAACUCCAUUGAACUGGCUGGCCAUUCCAAACCUGUGUGUAAAGAGGCAUUUAUAAUGCAGAUGCUGGAACAGAGCGACCAUGUCGUAAAGUUACAGGACUGGUUUGACGUGGAAGAUCGCAACAUCUUGAUUAUGGAGUAUCCACAAACCAGCAUGACCUUGAGUGAUUUCAUCAAGCGAUGCGGAGGCCGUCUGACCGAAUCACCAGCUAAAGAGAUCAUGCAGAAAAUCAUCGUUGCUAUAAAGGACUUCAGCAAAUGGGGUGUUUACCACAAUGACAUAAGCCUGAGAAACGUACUCAUCAUCCCAUACACCAUGCAGAUCAAGUUCAUCGGCUUUGGCAGAGCACUGACCAUCAGCGAAAGUCGAAAAUUCAAACCUACAUCAAGAACAGAGAGGGCAUAUCGCGCUGUAAUAGCAGCAUCUGAAGACUUGUACAAAGUGCUGAAGGGGAUGGUCAAAGGAAAAGGUGGUUUGAAACGUUGGUUUAGUUGUAGAAAAGUGGUGUUGUCCAAAGAAUACCAGGAUCUACUUCAGAGUCUUCGUGACCGAGAGCCAGGGAUCAUCUUACAGAACAUUUUAGAUCAUGACUGGUUUAACAACAUGCUUUACGAGUCCGAGUCGUCAGAUGGGCCCUCGUUUUUGCAUGGCGCUAAACCGACACCGGAGCUUGAACACUUCCAGUCGCUUUACAAAGUGGGAAAGAAACUGGAAUAUGGUGAUCAUGUCUAUGAAGGAGUUAGAAGAUCGGACGGCCUGAAAGUGACCAUCAAUUUUUUUGAGAGGCACGGGUCUUCUGAAUCUUCAUGCUGUUCUUCAUGCUGUUCUUCAUGCUGUUCUUCAUGCUUUCCUCAGGCUCUUCUUCAGACUCUUCAGAAACAUUGGUGCAGUGGUCUGCUGUGUUUCUGUGCUGUGGCGUUGGGUCUGGAUGAGCUGCAGUAUCGGCCGCUGGGCGUCAGGCUGGACAGUGGCGACCUCCGCAGGCAGUCGCUGGAAGUGCGCCGAGUCUUCAAAGAAUGCAGCAAACAGUGA